UCGCUGUAUCUGUUACAUCCAGCAUAGGUAACAAACAAAAUGGUGGGCGAGCGAGCAUGUUAUUGACAAAAACGUAGAAAUUUACACGAGAAUUUGUUGCUAUUUACUAAAUCAUGUCGAACACACAGCCGAAUACAAGUUACACUGAUUAUUCCCAGUACCAGGGUUACCAGUACCCUGCUGGUGCAUACUCGACAACACAAGCAUCUACUACCAGUGCUGCUCCUGGCUAUAAUUACGGUUACGACUACACACAGGCAGGAUACGGCAGCUAUGACGGUUACUCUGCUCAGAGCUAUGGGUACGGACAGGGGUAUGACUACAGUGCUUAUGGAUACUACAAUCAGGCAGGAACUGCUGCUUCUGCCCCGGCUACUGGAACUCCAGCUACUGCAGCCCCAACCAGCACAACUGAAGCCAAGCCUGCUGAUACUUCAACAAGUGCACCACAAGCUACUACAGGUCAGUCUGCUAGUCUGAGUACACAGGCACCCCCACCCCCACCUCCAGAUGCACAGACUACAACCACUCAGAGUUCUUCCUGGGGUGGGAGCUAUUCAGCUGGUAACUAUGGGAACCAGGCAGGUUACUAUGGUCAUCCAGCAGGAAGUUACGCAACUCAAGCUGGUAGCUAUGGGUAUGGUCAGCAACAGGCUGGGUAUAGUCAGCAACAGACUGGGUAUGGUCAGCAGCAAACUGGUUAUGGUCAACAGCAGACUGGUUAUGGUCAGCCGCAGCAGACUGGUUAUGGUCAGCCGCAGCAGACUGGUUAUGGUCAGCAACAGCAGCAGGCUGGAUAUGGUCAGCAGCAGCAGCAGCAGCAGCAGGCUGGAUAUGGUCAGCAGCAGAUAGACUACAGUCAGGCAUCAUCUGGAUACAGUCAACAACAGCAAGGAGCUUCUGGUUAUGGUAGUAAUGCUGGUCAACAGCAGUCUACUUAUGGCAGCAGUUCCUGGCCGCAACAGUCAAAUAACAGCCAGCAGCAGUCCAGUAAUAAUCAGCAGCAGUCGGGCUAUGAUCAACAGCAGUCAGGCUACGAUCAACAACAGUCAGGUUACAAUCAGCAGCAAUCAGGCUUUAAUCAGCAACAGUCUAGUGCUAGUCAGCAGCCGUCUGGAUAUGAACAGCGGAAAACUGGAUAUGGACAACCACAGAAGGGGGGAUAUAAUCAAGGUGAUUAUGAGCAAAAAAGCUCAAAUGAAAAUAAGACAAAUACAAGUAAUGUUGAUAAUAAUCAAGGUACCUAUUACAGCGGCAUCCAGAACACGGAAAAUUACACAAGUUCCCAGAGUGACAGGGGCUCUUUCAGUGGGAGCCGUGGAAGGGGUGAUAAAGGUCACUCUGGAUUUGUGGGUAGUCGGGGGAGAGGUGAUGGAGGUCACACCGGAUUUGGGAACAGUCGUGGGGGAUUUUCAGGAAAUCGUGAGGGGUUCUCGGGGAAUAGGGGCGGGAGAGGAGGUUAUGGAAAUAGCAGUAGAAGUUCCUUUAGCAGUCAAAGUGAUCAAGGUGAUGAUAAAAUGAGCUCAUCAAAUGAUGAGUUUGAUGCUAGAAAUUACAGGGAUGACUCUCAUAAUAGAAAUAACAAUAGAGGAAGAGGUGGUAGAGAUUUUGGGAGAGGAGGUUACUCUGAAAGAGGUAGAGGUAGCUUUGAAAGUGGAAGGGAUGGAUUUAAAAGUCAGUGGACUGGUGAUAAUAGUGAAUCAAGUGAUGAUUUUAGGAUAAAUUCAUCUGAUGGAGGUUUCAGAAGAGGAGGAGGUGUUGGAAGGGGAUUUGGGGCAGGAAGAGGUUACAGUGAUAGAAAAGAUUCUAGUGAUCAAAGUGAUGCUGAAAGUAAAAGUUUUGGCAAAGACAAAGAUAGUUUCGGGUUUGGGCAGGGAAGGGGCAGAGGUUCAUUUGGACAGAGUGGAGAACAGGGAAAUGUGAGGGGUGGCUUUGGAAGGGGCAGUCAGGGAGAUAGUUUUGGAAGUGGCAGCCAGGGAGAUGGUUUUGGAAAGGGCAGUCAAGGAGAUGGUUUUGGAAGGGGAAAUCAGGGAGGUGGUUUUGGAAGGGGAAGGGGCAGUCAGGGAGAUGGUUUUGAUAGUGAUCAGGGAGGUGGUUUUGGUAGAGAUGAUCAUGGAAAUUUUAGAGGGAGAGGCUUUGGUGGAGACAAAGGUGGGUUUGGAAGAGGUCGUGACAGAGGAGGCAGAGGUGGAUUUGGGAGGGACAAAGAUCAAGGGGAUGAUGGUGAAUAUGGAAGUAGUUGGGACAAUGGUGACAAUAGAGGGGGUUUUGGAAGAGGCCGUGGGCAAGCAGGCAGAGGUGGUUUUGGAAGAGACGGAGAUCAGGGUGAUGAUGGUGAAUUUGGAUUAAGUUGGGACCAGAAAAUCAGUCGAGGUGGUUUUGGAAGAGGCCGUGGCCAGGGUGGUAGAGGUGGUUUUGGAAGAGACGGAGACAAGGGUGAUGAUGGUGAAUUUGGAUUAAGUUGGGACCAGAAUAGCAGUCGAGGUGGUUUUGGAAGAGGCCGUGGCCAGGGUGGUAGAGGUGGUUUUGGAAGAGACAAAGAUCAGGGGGAUGAUGGUAAAUUUGGAAGAAGUGGAGAAGAGGGAAACAAUAGAGGGGGCUUUGGAAGAGGCCGUGGGCAAGGAGGUAGAGGAAGUUUUGGAAGAGACACAGACCAGGGUGAUGAUGGUGACUUUGGAUUAAGUUGGGACCAGAAUAUCAGUCGAGGAGGCUUUGGAGGAGGACGUGGCCAGGGUGGUAGAGGUGGCUUUGGAAGAGACAGAGAUCAAGGGGAUGGUGGCGAAUUUGGAAGGAGUGGGGACCAAGGAAAUAUGAGAGGUGGUUUUGACAGAGGAGGAAACUACGGAGGGGACAGAGGUGGUUUUGGACAAGGAAGGGGUCAAAGUGGAGAAAGAGGUGGGUUUGGAAGAGGUAAUAGAGGUGGAUUUGGACGUGGGCGGGAUCAAGGUAAUGACCGUGGAGGAUUUGCAGGAAGAGGAAGGGGAAGUAUAGAAGAAUCAAAGAAUGAAUCUGGAAUUGAAAGUCUGCAGACAAGUGUUAAAUCUUCCAUUGAUACAUCUAAGCCAGACAUCAAACGCAAGCCAGAAAGGUUAGAGCUGUCUCCAGCAAAGAAAAAGAAAGAAGAGGAAAAAAUUGAUAUUGCACCAUUUAUCCAAGCUCAUAUUGAAGAGCAUUGUACAGUAAAUGAAGAGGCCAGAAAACUUGCCGAGGAAGCCCUCAAGAAAAUGAUGCAGCCAGCUUACUGUGUUUUGUGUAAUGCAAGGAUGAGUGGUUCUCCCCAGGCAAUGAUGCAUUACCAAGGCAAAAAUCAUAAUAAAAAAAUAAAGAAUUUUAUAACAUGUGGGAUGACAAAGUAUGCAGAGAAAGUGAAAGAAGAUGAAAGUAAGACAGAAGAAGAACGAGCAAAGGAAAAAGCUGAAGAAGAGGAGAAAAAUAGAAUUCUGGACCAAAAAGUCGCGGAGGGAGCACAACGGGUGAGAGAAAACUUGAUGAGAAUAGCAGGUCACGAGGUGCCACCUAGUCUUCUCCAGGGGCCACCUAGUCUUCUCCAGGGGCCACCUAGUCUUCUUCAGGGGCCACCUGGUCUUCUCCAAGCAAAACCAAGAGUGAUGGUACCUGUAGAUGACCAGAAUCCAAAUUUCUGCAAGAUAUGUUGUAUAGAAUUUUCUGCUCCAUCACAAGCUGAACAACAUUAUCAGGGCAAAAAUCACCAGAAAAGGCUGAAACAACUUGGUCCAGGAGCUGCGGACGAACUAGGAAAUUUUGUCUGUGAGACAUGUAAUGUCAGGGUCACUUCACAGGAAAUCCUGACACAGCACAUGAAUGGAGCUAAACACAAGUCGAAGGUGGCGCGAGACAAACAGAUGAAGAAUAGAGGGGAUGAAUACAUCGUUCCUGAAGGUGGUUUGGUUGUUGAAGGAGGUCCAAGGCUUCGGCCAGGGUUUGGUAGAGGGAGGGGGCAAGGAGGCCCUUCAAAGUUCGGGGACAGACCACCAAGACCGAAAUCCAAUAUAAAUUACAGCAACUUCAGAACACCAAGCGGCAAGUAUUACUGCCCCAUGUGUGAUGUAACAUUAAACACUGAGACUCAUUUUGCCCAACAUUCACAAAGCAAAACUCACAGACAGAAAAAUCUCGAUAGAAAAUACCAAGAUAUGAAUCAAAAGGUGUGAUUUAAUUCAUUAUUUAGAAUAAACUGUUUAAACAGGCAGAUUGUUAAUCUUUUUGUCUGGAGAAAUUCGGUGAAGAAGAGCUAGUCUACAGUGAGAUGUAAUGUGGCAUUUAUUUGAUCUUCAGUAUAUAAGAUUUUGUUUUUUUUGCAUACUUUCAUGCUGUUUUGUGUGCUUUUCAGAGCUUGUGAUCUGAAAAUGUUUUUAAAAUAUUGAUUGAAAAAUGAGCUUACUUUGAAAAGUUUAAUGAUGAGACAUUGUUAUGUAAGUAUACGUUUUGUGUACAGGUUUUCCUGGUAAUUAGUAAUAAGUAACUGCUCAGGUUUUAUUAGUUUUUCAUAACUUGUGUGGAGAUUUCCUAUAUUGUUAAUGGAUUUUUGUGUGUUUUUAGAUGAACAAGAGUAAGUAAAAUAAAGUCUAAUUGAAAACAAGUACGGUAAUUUAAAACAACUCUUAAGUACACUUAUAGUGAACAAUAGUUCGCCAAAAAAACAAACUGACUGUCUAUAGUUUGAAAUGUGCAUAAAGUUAUGUAAGGGAGUUUUGAUUGUUGUAAGGCGUUUCAGCAUUUUUCACACGAUGGUAUAGCUUGUAUGAGUGCCUGACUUUUCAUUUAUACAGGAGGAUGUAGGAGUUGCCUUCAGCCUACAGAGAAUACAUCUUAAUAAAACGGAAAUUUCUGAUUUUCAUUUAGGAUCCAAUACCUGAAAUAAUAUUGGGUAAUGAUUCUUGAUAUUUUAGGUGGUAAUGAUAGUUACUCCGCUUUAAAUCAUCAGCCCGGUCCUCAUCACUAUAUUAUGUAUCUGGUUUAAAUAUAUUGAUGUUGUGAAUUGUCAACUUUUUCAUGCUGCUUUGAGGUUCAUUCGGUUUAUUAAAAAUGGGAGACCAUAUUCAUCAGCAUUUUCAGUGUAAAACUUAGGCAAAUAAUGAAAUAGUCUCAACUUAGUUUGAAGAUUUCUAAUUUUGAAAAACCUGUAUGUAGCUUCAGAAUGCAAUUUCAUGCAAAGUUUGCUGUCCUCACUUAGUUAACAGUAGCUGAUUGAGAAGAAAAAAUUUAGCAUGCUAUACAUAAAGUUUCAGACAUGAUGUGUAUGAAUAUUGGUCUAGCACUAUUGUUUGAUCGCUGGGCUGAUAAAAGUUUCAUGUAGAAGCUGUUUUCCAGUUGCGACAUCUUUCAUUGAAACUAUCAGGUAUACUGGACAUAUAGGCAGCAAGAUUGAUUUCAAAUAUCAUGCAGAACUUUGAAGUAUUUUAUUGUGUGAAUGUUAGUGAAAUUGCAGUGAAGUUAAUUAUUUUAUCAGUCGUCUGACCAAAGUGGGUUAGAGAUUAUAAAGUUGAGUUUAGAGAUUAAUUUCAGGAUCGAAGCAUCUGAUUGGAUGUUUCUGAGUUCAGUUGUGACAUUGACCAAUGACACGGUAACGUCUCUCAGACUUGUCUGAGAAUUCAAUGUAAUAAUCUUGCGGAGAUAAAAUGAAAUUGUUUAAAGUUUUGAUAAUUUAAUGUAUCAUGGUGUUUGAACUUCAAAUAAUAUAGGAAAUUCAGAGUAAAUGUGUAUUUAGUGAUUUUAAGACUGCAUAAAUCAAAACUACAGUUGUUACUUGUUGAAGGGUUUAUGAAUUUUUAUAAAGUUUAUGUUUGGGUUCUUUUUUUUCCCCUUCUUUUUGUAAAAUCAUGACUAGCGUAUUUUUUUGUAUGCAGAAUUGGUAUGUUCUUGAUAACAUUGUUAAAUAGUUCAUUCGUGUGUCAUCAUGCUGUGUAAUUUGAGUUUUUACUUGAUUUCCUGAUAUAUAUGCAGUUUUAUGUUUCUAGGCUGACUUGGCUCGGUACAGCUUGACUUUGUCAUAGCACAAACAGGCUUGACUCAGCUUUGCUUAUCUAGGUUAAAUAAGGACUAGAACUUCAUUGUCCAUACUGCAGUGUUAGGUUCAAAGCAGAUAUUAACAUCCACUUAAAUAUUCUAAACCAGUCAUUUCUCAUUUAUCAUGAAUAAUGUUCAUAAAAGAUAAGACAUUGCCCAUGUGUUUGCAUGUCAGAUCAUAACGUUGUUGAAUAUGAAAAAAAUAAAAUGAUGGAAAAGAAAA